UCCAUAUACAUCUUUCAUUCGAAUGUUUCGUAUGUGCUUUCAUAAUCGCAAUUCAGUAUAAGUAUUUAUUUAUUUAAAAAUAAUACAGAUUAUAGGUAAUAAUCGUUAAACAAAUGUAUAUUGAUAUAUAUAAUCGAUAUAUGUUAUAUAUUUUAUAAUAUAUUUGUCCUAUAUUCAAAUCCUAUAUUCAAUUCAUUCGAUUACUAAUAAUAGUAAUUUUCAAUAUUGUCAAAAUAUCAAUAAAAAUACAUGCAAAAUAAUUUUUAUUGAAUAUUCUUAAUUUCAAUUGAAUAUUCUUAUAUUCAAUAAUAUAUAAUUAUAGUCUUUUAUAUUUUUUAAAUAUGAUUAAAUAUUUUUUGUUAUUAGAAUUAUUUAUUUCGUUUGUUUCAAUGAGAUAUUAAAAAAAUUUGUAAUUAUAAAAAAUUUAUUAAAUAGCUAUAUUAUGACGGCAUGUUGUCCAGAAUAUUUAGCGAUUAUUUUUUCAUUACGAGAUAUUUGAUUUCAACAAAAUAUAGAUAAAAUUCAGAUUUAUAAAAUAUAGAUUUUCUAUGAAAUAUACAAGUACGUAUUUUUCCAAAUUUUAUUUAUUUCUUUUCUAUCUCUUUCAAAACAACUAAUCACGAUUAUUCUAAAAUUAUUCAGAUCAAUUAACUUAUAGAACUUCCACGAGCGACAUCUUCUCUUUCGAAUCUUAACGCAUCAACUAUGUAAUUUCAUAUAAAUAUAAAUAUGUUUUUCAAUAAUUUCAGUUAUGUAUCACAUGAAAAAACACAUAAAUCGAAAAAAGACAGAAAAUAAAAAAUAAUAGCAUCAACCAGGCAGGCAUCGGUCCACCGUGAAGGGUUAAAAAUACAUAUUCGAUGGUCCUAAUUCAAUGACCAGCGGCGAUUUACAUGAACGGUGCUCGCCUUCGUCGAGGACAGUCGUUGCAUUGAGCGACUCGCCGGCGACUAGAGCGGAGGAGCGCGCGAGAGAGCAAGCAAACAGUUUAGUGUAUGGGUUGGUGGCGGCUGUUUGCCGAUUCGUUGACUUGCCGGCACGGUCGGUCGGCUCGAGUCGAAUGCUGCCACUCUCUCAGUCUGUCUCGCGACCGCGUGCUAAGGGGAUGUCGUUUCUUCUCUCCCUUCUGUGAACCUAAUUAACCAAUUAACCAAUCGUGUUUUGUUUGUUUUUCACGAUUAUUUAGUUUUUUGCGAUAUUGAUGUAUAACGGAUAAAUCGGUGGCGCGCGCACGCGAAAUGUGACGUAUUCAAUGGAUCGACAAUCAGGAUAGCACUCAUAAAGACGAUUCUGUGUUAUCUUCCUUCUUUUCCAUGGACCAGUGACAACAAGAAAGAAUUGUUUGACGCUUUUGUGUGAUUGUUUGCGGGGAAAAUCGAGAGGAUUUGAUGUGACGAGAUGGGCAGCGAGGCGGACACGGAGACCACGGCUACCAACGCCGUGGAUUCGGAUGGAUCCGUUAGUUGGGAGGAUUUUUUCGGAACAACCACGGACCUGGUGCCCCAAUUGUUAGGGAUGUUCGACGAGCUAGCUCGUCGAGGCAAUGGCUAUACCGAUCACGUGGUACUUCCGUCUGCCUGCAACAUACCAGCGGCAUUGCAGAAGCGUUUGAGUUUGGUAUCUCAUAGAGGCUCUAUAUUCGGCCAAUUCCAUCCUGAAUUGUCGAAAUCUCAAUCGGAUGACGCUAUGGCCGAACAGCCAACUCCAGAGAACACCGUGGACAUUAUUGUAUCCGAUGAUGUUAUGCCUGAAAAGAAGAAUGACGCGUUUCAGAUAUUGAAGAACAAUCGGCAAGAGGAUAGAAAAGAGUGUACGGUCGAGGAGAAGCCUUAUAGACGCGAAAGCAAUAACUUGACGCCACUCAGGUAUAAUAGACGGUGCAGAAACUCUGGAAGACCGUUGUCUGGAAGCUCAGUUGCGUCCAGUACAUCCUCCAGCGGAUGCAGCAAUCAGGGAAAUACAUGCGCUAUCAACCCUUAUUUGGCAUCGGUUGAAUCGCUGGCAGAUACUUGUGCCAGUUCGCAAGGUUCCGGAGAUAGUGGAGUAGUGACAGUAUCAGAGACAAAUUGUCGAAUAGGAGACGAUGACAGUGAUCAAAGAAGAAAUAGUGCAGAGGAGAGUCCACUAUCCCAUAGGCCACGUUACUGCGAUCCCCAUAGGAAUCCUAUGGAAAGGGUGCUCCUUGAAAUAGUCGAUACUGAAGCGAUAUACGUGGAACAUCUACGACAAGUUAUCCAAGGUUACCUUAUAUUUUGGAGAAAUGAUUCGGCAUCGUUUAUGGAUCAAACACAGCUGAGUAACUUAUUUAGUAAUAUUGAGGAUAUUUUUGAGUUUAACAGAGAGUUCCUGAAAGAAAUAGAGGAAUGUGGUCUAGAUCCAGUUAGUGUGGCUAAUACAUUCAUAAAGCACAAGUCAGGAUUUAAAGUGUAUACAGAGUACUGUACCAAUUAUCCAAGCACAGUUUCCGUUCUGACCGAUCUAAUGAGCCAAGAAAAAACUGCAUGCGCAUUUCAAGAAAGACAAGCUGCAUUAAAACAUGCAUUACCUCUUGGAUCAUUCCUUUUAACACCUGUUCAGAGGAUUCUCAAGUAUCACUUACUUCUGGAGAACUUAUCAAAAGAAUAUGCAGCAGACUGUGAAGUAAGAGAAAAUAAGACUGAAGGUAGCAAAGCGAUUGAAGCGGCUUUAGCUGCCAUGACUGAUAUUGCAAAGCAUAUAAACGCAAUGAAACGAAGACACGAGCACGCAGUGCGUGUUCAAGAAAUUCAGUCCCUUUUGUAUGGCUGGCCUGGUCCAGAUUUAACUACUAGUGGAGAGUUGGUAGCGGAAGGAAGAUUUAGAAUGCGGGGGGCAAAAGCUCCUAGACACGUUUUCUUAUUUGAUCGCAUGCUUCUGCUCACUAAAAAAAAAGAAGAUGGGCUUCUAGUCUAUAAAGCUCAUAUUAUGUGUUCAAAUUUAAUGCUUAUUGAAAGCAUACCAGGCGAAUCACUUAGUUUUCACGUAAUUCCUUUUAAUAAUCCUAGAUUGCAAUAUACUUUACAAGCACGAAAUUUGGAACAAAAGAGAGAAUGGACUUUACAAAUAAAAAGGGUGAUUUUAGAAAAUUAUAAUGCAGUUAUACCUUCGCAUGCGAGACAGUUGGUUUUACAGCUUGGCCAGACGCAACCAGAAGAAGAGGCUUUGGCAGAUAGAGGAUUGGCGAAAAAACAGUAUUCUGCACCAGAGUAUUUAGAAAAACGAAAACAAGAAAAAGAGAGACGAAGAUCUGAAACAGGACUGAAGCAGAAAUUUAAAAAAAGUGGCAGAAAAUCUGAGACUACAAAUGAGGAUUCUCCAGCAUCGUCACGAAAAAAUCAAAACGAAGAUUCUAGCACCAAUGAUUCUAGAGAAGGAUUUAAAGGUUCAGAUGGACGCGGAUCAAAAGUUAAGGAUCGCUUUACUGGUUGGAGAAGGAAAUCAGAACCAGGCUUUCAAUCUUAUGUAUGUCUUAACCAAUCUGAUGAAGAGCAGAAAGAGGAUACAGGUGAUACAGAAUCAGCCACAGUUGAAACCGAGUGCGCGAUUAUUGAAAACGAGCAUACAAACUCUCUAUCGUCCGAAACCAAAGACAAUAAUGAACAACAGACUCAAACAGUUAAGGAAAUAGUUGGCCAUAUUCUGAUGCAAAAUCAAGAAUUUCAAAAACUUCUUGAGAAACAACGAACGAACAGUAUAAUUAAUGUCAGACAACAGCAACGUUUUAAUAAACAUAUUUCUGAUGAAUCAACUGAUGCAUCUACUGAAAGUGAUUCAGAAAACACAAAUUAUAUUGCACAUAAUUCAAUUAAUAAUAGGAUAUCGCGUAUUCGAACAGGCCAUCGAGAACGUUUUGUUAAAACGAAUAAUACUUGGAACUCAUUAUCUUUAACUCGUGACCAUCAAUCUAGUCUGCAAUUGCUAUAUGAUAAUCUAAAUAAAACUGAAAAUAAUAAAUCAGUGGAUAGUAAUUCGAAAAAUAAGAUCAAUUUUGUACAAGAGAAGAAAGCGUUGUUUGAGAAACAAAGUAUUUCGAAAGCAUUUAAAAAACAAAGUAUUGUAACGGAAAGUAAAAUUAUCAAGACUGCGCUUAGAAUAAGAGACAAUUCAAAUUCGAGAAAGGAAGAAACAAUUAUUCAAUCAUCAACAGCUCAAGUUCCGAAAGAGAUUGAAGUUCAAAUUGUAGAAAACGAUAAAGAUAAAACAGAAAAUAAUGAAUAUACAAAUGAAGUUAAUAAAGAACAAUCUAAAGGUUUUGGAAACUAUGACAACUUACAGCAUGUAUGGGAAGUUCUACAAGAAGAAAAAGACUUGGAUGGAAAUGAUAGUCCAACUCGUCCAGCAGUUUGGUUAACUAAAUUAUGUGAAGGAUUACCAGUUUCGCCUCAAAAAUGCGGUUCUCUUCCACGUAGUUUUCAAAUCCAUCCUAAUACCAAUCAGAAUGUAACAAAGUCACGCUUUUUACAAAGGGAUGGUAAACCUAUGAGCGAGAGACCAUUUACUAUAGCUUCAGAUAAACCAGCAGAAAUUAAUUUAGAAGAUAUGGAAAGAUACGCUGCUACAUGCCAACCAGAAGGAAGAAUCGCUAAAUUUCCGACUUCUGUUUCAACUUCUACAUCAACAUUCUUUUGUUCUUUGGAUGAUACGUUAACAGACGCUUAUUCGGAAAUCCAUAUAUCUUCUACAAUUACAAAUAUACAUCCUGAUCACAAAAUCUAUAGAGCGAAUAAUAGUGGGAGCACCAUAUUUAAAAAUGUUCUUUCUAAAGCUGGAAAUCGUCUUCAGGGUCUAAGAAAUACUAUGAGUACAGAGACUUUAGAGUGUAAUGAAGAAUUAGAAAGGACCAAAUACUUUCGUUCUUUAAGUACAGGUAAGUUAAAGAAGAAAAGCAAGAUGAAGCAAUCAAGAGAAUCUUCUUCAGAUAUAGAGGAGUUUGUGGGAUGUACAGCAAAAGGAAAUUCAGAUUUAAGAAUUCCUUCAUUGUAUUAUAAGCAAGGAAGUUCGAGUCUAGGUGCUCGAAUUGCUCAGUCUGAUUAUGCAGAUCCAGCUUUAUUAUUUUUCGAAAGUAAGCGUCAGUUAAUGAAUAGUCAGUCUCAAGCUAAAGAGGAAAAAAAGGAAGAUGAAGAAAGUAUAGAAAACCGAGAAAGUGAAACGGAUAGUUUUUAUGAAAAAUCAUUCGAGACGAUUGAGAACUAUGUGGAUGCAGAUGUUGAUGACGCGUUCCGGGAUAGUGCAAUAUUUAGCGAUAUCGAAGAAGUUCUGGUGGCUAGGCCACUUUCAAGUCAACCUUUUGAGGAUUGUGCGUCAUUCAAGAAUAAGCUGGCACCACCUGUUCCAGCGAAAAAAAGAACAGAAUCAAUUACAACGAUAAAUCCUUCAGGAAAUAAUGUUACAAUAACAAAGUAUAAACCUAAUAUAGCUCAAAAACCUGAAUAUUUAAAAGUGAAAUCAGUUUUCUUGAAAGGGCAGCAAGAAUUGGACUGUAAAGUUUUGGAGAAGUCUUGUGUAUCUGAAAAUGGAAUAUAUUGUUCUAAAAAUAGUUUACAAAAUAAUUGCGCACAGAACUGUGGCGAAGAGAAAGACGAUGUAUCGGCGGGACAAAGCCAAGCUGGCUGGGUAAAAAAAAUAGUGGAUCAGUUACAAGGUCACAUUGAAACAUAAUUUAAUGCCAAUGAAAAUGUACAAAUCUUGUAACUGAAGCUUUGAACACGGGAAUUUCACGUUUGUUAAUGUUUUUAAUCCUUUUGAAAUUAAUAGAUCCCAUUGUAGAUUUUAGAAUUUAAUUUGCAUACUUAAUGAAAAAAAUAUGCGUGAUAGAAAAAUUAACAAUUUUUAGAAAUAUAUAUUCGAAAAGAUUAAAUAGUUAUUAUUAUUCAGAUUAAUAAUAUUCAUUUGCAUAAUCACGAACUACUAAGGUUUUUAAGUGAUCUGCAAAGUACAAUCUUUGAGAUUAUAUUGUAUUAGUACAAUAGAAGAAAAAAAGAAAGAUUGAAAAUAAAUAAAAGCAAGAUAUUGUAUAAAGAAUAACAUUAAUGAAAUGUUAAAUAUUUCAAUGGAAAAAAUAUAUAUAUAUAAUAAAUUAAUUUGAGAAAUUCUUU